AUGACAUCUUCUGGAGAGGGUAAGGGUAAGGGCAAAGGCAAGGGUAACGGCGGUGGUGGCCGCUUCCAGCAGCAGUACGCCCCGUCUCAGACUUCGUCAGGCGGGCGUCCCGGCGUCCCUCCAGCCGGUCCUUGGUUCUGCAUGAACCCAUGGGCUGUAUCUGAUUCAUCGCUGUUUGUGUACAAAGAUGGCUCCAACACUGCUUACUUGUUACUGUAUGUUGAUGACAUCGUUCUGACUGCCUCAUCGCCAGCUCUUCUUCGUCGUAUCAUGGAGCGACUUCAUUCUGAGUUUGCUAUGACGGAUUUAGGAGAACUUCAUCAUUUUCUUGGGAUUUCUGUUACUAGAUCUGCCAUCGAUCUCUUUCUGUCUCAAAGACAGUAUGCAGCUGAUCUUCUGCAGCGUGCUGGAAUGUCUGAAUGCCAUCCCACAGCUACUCCUGUUGAUUCCCAUAUGAAGCUUUCUGCCACAGACGGCUCUCCUGUUGAUGAUCCGACACAAUAUCGCAGCCUCGCUGGUGCUCUCCAGUACUUGACACUGACUCGUCCUGACCUUGCAUAUGCUGUUCAGCAAGUCUGUCUAUUUAUGCAUGAUCCACGGGAACCUCAUCUUGCAUUCCUUAAGAGGAUUCUUCGUUAUGUCAAGGGGACACAGUAUGCUGGUCUUUCUAUCAGUGCUGGACCGAUUGAUAGUGUCACUGCUUAUUCGGAUGCUGACUGGGCUGGUUGUCCGGAUUCUCGCCGUUCGACUUCUAGAUACUGUGUCUAUCUUGGUGAUAACUUGGUGUCUUGGUCCUCUAAGCGACAGACCACCGUCUCUCGCUCCAGCGCUGAGGCAGAAUACAGGGCUGUAGCACACGCUGUUGCAGAAACAUGUUGGCUUCGUCAGCUACUCCAGGAGCUACACACUCCGCUACCUUCGGCGACGAUUGUUUACUAUGACAAUGUCAGUGCAGUAUACAUGACUGGGAAUCCUGUUCAUCAUCGGCGCACGAAGCAUAUUGAGAUUGACAUCCACUUUGUCCGUCACAAGGUUGCUCUGGGUCAGGUCCGAGUGCUCCAUGUUCCCUCGUCGCACCAGUUUGCGGACAUCAUGACCAAAGGCUUGCCUGUACAGUUGUUUACUGAUUUUAGGUCUAGUCUUUGCGUCCGAGAUUCUCCCGCUAUGACUAAGGGCGGGUAUUAG